AUGGUGCUCAAGAAAGCAGAUAACAUGAACAACAAUAUACCACCUUUACCAGUUCAUUGGGUGUAUAACCAAGACAUAUUAGCUUCCGAGGUAGCCAAACACGCCAACCCAGAGUUCAUACCCAAUAGUAUCUGUCCCUUCUACCAGAUACCGACGGGUAAGAACAGCGCCUAUGGAGACCAUCUUUACGUUCUCCUCAAGUCAGUGGUUGAAAGCAGAGGUUUCAAUGAGAAUGCCUACAAAGAGGGGUUAAAGGCCAUGUUUGGACCGGGGUCGGCAUUUGACUAUGAGAGGCCAUCAUCUGGUGGACCAGCCCAAGGACCAUACCUGCACGGAUCCAUGAAGAAGUUCUUGCAGAACCUGGCCCAGAAUCAAGAGAACACCGGGGACACAGGCAGCACUGAUGCUGAUGGGGUGAUCAAUUCUUCGGUGAUUGUCGCCCUCUAUGGUGGAACCCCUCAGAUGAUCCCUAAGCUGGAAGCUAUGGUCAAGGUUGUCCAAAAUACUCCUAUCUGCCUCAAGUUUGCCCUGACGGGUGCAAGGCUUCUGGAAGAUUUGAUCAAGAACGGACCUAACGCCAAUGCGGUAGAAAACUUAAAAUCGUUGGUGGAUGCUGACAUGGCUCAGGAGAUCAGUAAGGCUGAGGAUCUAAAGCCACAUCCUCACAUUGUGGCUGCCAAGAAGCUGGGUUAUGCAUGCUCUCUGCCAGGGAGCUUCCUUGGCAUGCUGCACUGCCUGCUCAGCGCGACACCAGGAAACUUCACCGAAUCCGUUCGUCCAACCCUCCUGGCCGGAGGGGACAACUGCGCCCGUGCCGCGAUGCUAGGGGCAUGUCUCGGGGCACAGGUGGGGAUCGAGGGCCUUCCCGGGGACCUCUUAGCCCAGGUGGAGCGUGGUGAGGAGGUUAGAGCUUUGGCGCAGCAGUUGGUGGACAUGCGCCAAGCUUAGUCAGAUUGACAGUAUGAAAGAUUAUUCUGGGCGAAGGAUGAAGAAGGGGCUGCAGGUUUAACUUUUGAUAUAACUAUGAAAAAAUUUGAUGUGAAUAAAAAGAGAAAAAUCCAAUAAGCGUAACACUGAAAAUUUAAUCAAAUUCGGAUGUAAAAUAAGGAAGUUACGAAAUUCAAAAAUUUCGCAUAAUUUCAUAAGAGAGCUAUAUGCACAUCUGGUUGGUAUGCAAAUGAGGGGACUGAUGACAUCAACUCAUUAUUUCUUUUGCAUUUUAUUAUAUGAA